UUAUUAACAACGAGUGGCAGAACUCAGAAAGUGGGAGAGUGUUCCCUGUCUAUAAUCCGGCCACAGGAGAGCAGGUGUGUGAAGUUCAAGAAGCAGACAAGGCAGAUAUAGACAAAGCAGUGCAGGCAGCCCGCCUGGCCUUCUCUCUUGGCUCAGUGUGGAGAAGGAUGGAUGCUUCAGAAAGAGGCCGUCUUUUGGACAAGCUCGCAGAUUUGGUGGAACGAGACAGGGCACUUCUUGCGACGAUGGAAUCCCUAAAUGGUGGCAAGCCAUUCCUGCAAGCUUUUUAUGUGGAUUUGCAGGGCGUCAUCAAAACCCUUCGGUAUUAUGCAGGUUGGGCUGAUAAAAUUCAUGGAAUGACCAUUCCUGUAGAUGGAGACUAUUUUACCUUUACAAGACACGAACCUAUUGGAGUGUGUGGACAGAUCAUCCCAUGGAACUUCCCCCUGCUGAUGUUUGCCUGGAAAAUUGCCCCAGCUCUGUGCUGUGGUAACACAGUGGUUAUUAAGCCGGCAGAGCAGACACCACUCAGCGCGCUCUACAUGGGAGCCCUCAUCAAGGAGGCUGGCUUCCCACCUGGAGUCAUCAACAUUCUGCCAGGAUAUGGGCCAACGGCUGGGGCAGCUAUAGCAUCCCACAUUGGCAUAGACAAGAUUGCAUUCACAGGUUCUACCGAGGUUGGAAAGCUUAUCCAAGAAGCAGCUGGAAGAAGUAAUCUGAAGAGAGUAACUCUGGAACUUGGAGGAAAAAGCCCCAAUAUUAUUUUUGCAGAUGCUGAUUUGGACUUCGCCGUGGAGCAGGCUCACCAGGGUGUGUUCUUCAACCAAGGCCAGUGCUGCACUGCAGGAUCUCGCAUCUUUGUGGAGGAGUCCAUCUAUGAGGAGUUCGUGAGAAGAAGUGUGGAGCGAGCCAAGAGGCGCAUAGUGGGGAGUCCCCUCGACCCCAGCACUGAGCAAGGUCCUCAGAUUGAUAAGAAACAGUACAACAAAAUCUUGGAACUCAUCCAGAGCGGUGUGGCUGAGGGUGCUAAGCUGGAAUGUGGAGGCAAAGGACUGGGCAGAAAGGGGUUUUUCAUCGAGCCCACAGUGUUCUCCAACGUCACUGAUGACAUGCGGAUUGCCAAGGAGGAGAUUUUUGGUCCUGUUCAGGAAAUUCUGAGAUUUAAGACAAUGGAUGAAGUUAUUGAAAGAGCCAACAACUCAGACUUUGGACUUGUAGCAGCUGUCUUUACUAAUGACAUCAACAAGGCCCUCACAGUGUCUUCUGCAAUGCAAGCUGGGACCGUUUGGAUCAAUUGUUACAAUGCCUUAAAUGCCCAGAGCCCCUUUGGGGGGUUUAAGAUGUCUGGAAAUGGGAGAGAAAUGGGAGAGUUUGGCUUGCGAGAAUACUCAGAAGUGAAGACUGUGACUGUGAAAAUCCCCCAGAAGAACUCUUAAGAAGGCCAAGGAGGAAGGUGGAAGCUGCUUGCAUGACUUCCUCUGCUUUCUCUGUAGGGUCCAGCUCUCAAGAACAUGAAUUUGAGUCUAUCUUUAAAGAUUGAAAUGAUGACACAUAG